AUGAUUGAAAGAUACAAGGAAAGGUUUCAUCGCCUGGAAUCGGCGUUGAAAGAAGCUCGUUUAACGGAAAAAAUGACAUCUCUAGAGAAUUUCUAUUCUGACAAUCAGAAAUAUUUCGGUGAGUCCCCAGCAGUCGAGAGUUUUCGGUCGCUGCCAAUGCAUGCUGACAUAAACGACCAUCCUCCUAAAAUAGUUCAUGGUGUAUUUUCAGAUGUUUUGCCCAAGUUGGGCCAUGUCAAUCGGCGCACUCCAUCUCCGUCCCAGGGUUUGGUGACCUUGGGCGAAAUUGUUUAUUUUGAUGGUGAUUCUGGUCGAUACUGGCUGUUCACCAGAAGCUUUCAAGGUGCAGUAGCGAUAAGAGUAACCGAUGAUGAAAGCCGUUUGUCUUAUUUAAUAGAUUACUGCAAAGGAGAAGCAAAGGAGGCUAUAGAAUGCUGUGCAAUUGUUGAUCCAUCAGAGGACUAUGCGGAGGUUUUAAGCAUCCUCAGGCGUCGUUUCGGGGAGCCCCAUAUUACUGCUAGGGCACGCAUAGACGAGCUUGUCGGUGGACCGCAGAUCAGGAACUUGGACCCAGUAGCGUUCAUGAAGCUAGCCGGGGAAAUGAGAAACUGCAGGAAUACGUUACACCAACUGAAUUACGUGCCAGACUUGAAUUCCUCUCGAAGAAUCGCUGCCAUCGUAGGACGAAUGACGCAAGUAUUACAGUUUAAGUGGUCGGAAAAUGCGUCCUGCAUGUUACGCCAGGGUCGUGAACCGACGUUUCCAGAUUUAACAGAAUUCGUGGAUGAAAGGGCCGAUGUUCUGAUGGUCCAUCAGUCCUACUCAGCAGGCCAGACGAGCCGACAGCCACGUUCCCCAUAG